AUGUGCGGUGUCACUUUGACAAACCGUCGGCUGACCUCCCGACACUCCGGUAGUAAGACGGCCUCCUGUGCCGCAACCGGCCGAAAGACGGCGACGAGCCCAGUGGCGUUACGCAGGUUAAGCGCGUUGGAAAAGGCCAGAACUUGUCUCCGACUGACGGCAAUCCAGUAUUUCGGUGACUACUUGUGCGGAAUCGUCGACCCGUACCUGAAAUACGACGUGGAAAUGUUCGCAAAGCAAAAGACCAACAAUACGGUGAAUAUCGGCGCCAAUGAGUCGAGCGAUAAAACUCCGGAACAGAUGGAGAUCGAGAAGUUGUGGUCACUUCAGGAGAAACUGAAAAAAGCCAAAGACAGGCAGGAAAUUAUGAAACAAACGGUUGACGCUGUACUGAACGAAGAGAAUCAAAGUAAACCGUCGAGGAUUGUGAUACAGCCCCGGUAUGUGGUGCCCGACACCAACUGCUAUAUCGACCAAUUGGACAAAAUCAAGCGAAUUAUA